AGGUUUCUUUAGAAGAGAUUGAAGAUUAUAAUUUAAAAUGCCUGAAAAUCCUGCUCCAGAUAAACUACAGGUCCUACAAGUUCUUGAUCGCCUGAAAAUGAAACUGCAGGAGAAGGAGGACACAUCGCAGGAUGAGAAACUCUCUCUGUUUUAUGAAACACUCAAGAGCCCUCUCUUCAAUCAGAUCCUCACACUUCAGCAGUCCAUUAAGCAACUGAAAGGGCAACUCAGUCACAUACCCUCAGAGUGUUCAGCCAACUUUGAUUUUUCUAGGAAAGGAUUAUUAGUAUUUACAGAUGGUGCCAUUACUAACGGCAAUGCCCAAAGACCCGCUAGUAACUUGACUGUCUCUGGGUUGUGUCCUUGGACUCCUACUCUGGAAAAUGAAGACUUUCACUCUGUCAUUCAACAGAUGGCUCAGGGCCGGCAAAUUGAAUAUAUCGAUAUAGAACGACCUUCUUCUGGAGGCCUGGGAUUCAGCGUGGUGGCCCUUCGAAGUCAAAACCUGGGAGAAGUUGAUAUCUUUGUGAAGGAAGUGCAGCCAGGAAGUAUAGCAGACAGGGAUCAAAGAUUAAGGGAAAAUGACCAAAUCCUGGCUAUCAGUCACACGCCGCUGGGUCAGAACGUUUCCCAUCAGCAAGCAAUUGCAUUAUUGCAACAAACCACGGGACCUUUGCGUCUGGUCGUGGCCAGGGGACCGGGCGCCCCCACCCGUCUGGCUGAUACAACUCCGCCUGAAACAGUUCAUUGGGGACAUAUUGAAGAUGUUGAGCUCAUUAACGAUGGCUCCGGAUUAGGUUUUGGAAUAGUUGGAGGAAAAUCCAGUGGUGUGGUUGUGAGAACGAUAGUUCCCGGAGGAUUAGCAGAUCGAGAUGGGAGACUCCAGACGGGGGACCACAUCUUGAAGAUUGGUGGCACAGAUGUGCAGGGAAUGACCAGCGAGCAAGUUGCCCAAGUGCUAAGGAACUGUGGGAAUUCAGUCAGGAUGCUUGUUGCAAGAGACCCAAUUGGUGGAAUUUCUGAAACCCCUCCUCCCCCUGCAGCCUUACCCGUGGCUGUACCUGCUGUAACCAACAGGAGCCCUGGUGUUGAGAGUUCUCUUUUUGAAACUUAUGAUGUUGAACUCACUAAAAAAGAUGGACAAAGUCUUGGAAUUAGAAUUGUUGGCUAUAUUGGAGCUGCUCAUACAGGGGAGGCUUCAGGGAUUUAUGUGAAAAGUUUAAUACCUGGCAGCGCCGCGUACCACAAUGGCCAAAUUCAAGUGAAUGACAAAAUAAUUGCUGUUGAUGGUGUGAAUAUUCAGGGUUUUGCCAACCAGGAUGUCGUGGAAGUAUUACGGAAUGCAGGGCAAGUGGUGCACCUGACUCUGGUUCGCAGGAAGGCCUCGCCAUCUGCCUCCCCACACGAAUGGCCUUCAGACAGAGGAACUGUCAUAGAACCAUCGGAAAUACCAGCCCUCUAUCCAACUGGAGCAGUGGAAACAGAAACUAAUUUGGAUGGUGGAGAUGAGGAAACUGAAGAAAGAAUGGGUAAUCUAAAAAACGACAACAUACAAGUCUUAGAAAAAUUAGAAAAAGCUCCUGACUCUCCAGAAAAUGAGCUGAAAUCUAGAUGGGAAAACCUUUUGGGUCCGGAUUAUGAAGUAAUGGUUGCUACUUUGGAUACACAGAUUGCAGAUGAUGCUGAGUUACAAAAAUAUUCAAAGCUGCUGCCCAUUCAUACCCUGAGGCUUGGCAUGGAAGUGGACUCCUUUGAUGGGCACCAUUAUAUAUCUUCAGUUGUUCCAGGUGGUCCUCUUGAUACACUGAACCUUCUGCAGCCGGAGGAUGAGCUUCUUGAGGUCAAUGGCAUGCAGCUCUAUGGGAAGUCUCGCCGAGAAGCAGUCUCCUUUCUCAAAGAAGUGCCACCUCCCUUUACCUUGGUUUGCUGUCGCCGCCUGUUUGAUGAUGAAGCCUCUGUAGAUGAACCAAGGACCACUCAAGCCUCUCUUCCCAACACAGAGGCUGCCCAUAGUACAGACGUCCAUACUGAAGAAGAUGAUGAUGGGGAAUUAGCAUUAUGGUCUCCUGAAGUCAAGAUUGUUGAACUUGUGAAAGAUCAUAAAGGCUUGGGAUUCAGCAUUUUGGAUUACCAGGACCCUUUGGAUCCCACACGAUCAGUGAUUGUGAUCCGGUCCCUGGUGGCAGAUGGUGUCGCAGAAAGGGCAGGGGACCUGUUACCUGGAGAUCGCCUGGUCUCAGUCAACGAGUACUGUUUGGAGAACACCACACUUGCUGAAGCCGUGGAAGUGUUGAAAGCUGUACCACCAGGCAUUGUACGCCUUGGCAUCUGUAAGCCUUUGGUGGAAGAUGAUAAAGAGGGAGAAAGUCAUUAUAUUUCACAUUCAAACAGAAAUGAAGACAAGACUGAACUUGCAGAAACGAUUCAUGAUAUAAAUUCAUCUUUAAUACUUGAAGCACCUCAGGGAUUUAGAGACGAACCCUAUUAUAAAGAGGAACUUGUGGAUGAGCCAUUCCUAAAUUUGGGAAAGGCUUUCCAGUCCCAACAAAAGGAGAUAGACAACAGCCAGGAGGCCUGGGAGAUGCAUGAAUUUCUGAUGCCUAGAUUGCCGGAGAUGGAGGAAGAGAGAGAGAUGCUUGUGGACGAAGAGUAUGAGCUAUAUCAAGGCCAUUUUCAGGCCAUGGACUUGUAUUCCUCAUCGCACCUUCAAGAGGCUGCUCCCAUUCCCUCUGUGAAGGAACUUCAUUUUGGCACCCAGUGGUUACAUGACAGUGAGUCACCUGAGCUUCAGGAAGCAAGAUCCAGGAUGAGUGUCUAUUCCCAGGAAGCACAGCAGUACGGCUAUAGCACUGAGAACAUGGUGAAAGAAAAUUUUGGCAUUGAUUCCCUACCCUCCAUGCCCUCAUCUGAAGGAAGCAGUCAACAAGGCAGAUUUGAUGAUCUGGAAACUCUUAAUUCAUUAACAAAAAGCAGCCUGGAUUUAGGCAUGAUGAUUCCAGAUGACGCUCAAGGUCCUGGCCUGCUUGUUGAGCUUCCUGCUGUGGCUCAAAGAAGGGAGCAAGAAGAUUUGCCUUUAUAUCAACUCCCCAGGACUCGAGUUGUUUCCAAGACCUCAGCAUACACAGGGACACUGUCUUCCAGAUAUACCACUGAUGCAUGCGAGUUACCUGAGCGAGAAGAAGGUGAAGGAGAAGAAACUCCAAACUUCAGCCACUGGGGUCCACCGAGAAUCAUUGAGAUUUUUAGAGAACCCAGUGUGUCCCUUGGUAUUAGUAUUGUUGGUGGACAGACUGUUAUAAAACGCCUGAAGAAUGGAGAGGAACUUAAAGGUAUAUUUAUCAAGCAAGUUUUAGAAGACAGUCCAGCAGGAAAAACAAACACUCUUAAAACAGGAGAUAAAAUACUUGAGGUGUCUGGAGUAGAUCUGCAGAAUGCCUCACACCAAGAAGCAGUUGAAGCCAUAAAGAAUGCAGGGAACCCCGUGGUGUUCGUUGUCCAGAGCUUGUCCUCCACUCCAAGAGUCAUUCCUACUGUGCAUAACAAGUCCAACAAAAUCGCUAGUAACCAGGACCAAAACACUGAAGAAAAAAAAGAAAAGAGACAGGGAACUGCUCCACCUCCAAUGAAACUGCCACCUCCUUACAAACCUCCGUCUGAUGACAGUGACGAAAGUGAAGAAUAUGCAUUUACCGACAAAAAAAUCAGGCAAAGAUAUGCAGACCUGCCUGGAGAAUUGCACAUUAUUGAGCUGGAAAAGGAUAAGAAUGGACUUGGACUCAGCCUUGCUGGCAACAAAGACAGGUCACGCAUGAGCAUAUUUGUGGUGGGAAUUAACCCAGAAGGACCUGCUGCCACGGAUGGGCGAAUGCGUAUUGGAGAUGAGCUGUUGGAGAUAAACAAUCAGAUCCUGUAUGGAAGAAGCCACCAAAAUGCAUCUGCCAUCAUUAAGACUGCCUCAUCAAAGGUCAAACUGGUUUUCAUCAGAAAUGAAGAUGCAGUCAAUCAGAUGGCCGUUGCUCCAUUUCCAUUACCAUCAAGUUCCCCGUCGUCUGUUGAGGAUCAGAGUGGUACUGAACCUAUUAGCAGUGAGGAAGAUGGCAUUAAACAAUUGCCUGAAAGUGAAGGCUCCAAACUGGAAGACAUCUCCCAGAUCAUUGAUCAAGGUGUGGUGGCAGGUCAACAGAAGGCACUAGAAUGCCCAACUGACAAUGCUGUCAGCCAGAUGAAACAGCAAAAAUAUUCGACAAAAGUUUCCUUCAGUUCACAAGAGAUCCCUUUGGCACCAGCUCCAGCACACCCUUCAGCAGAGGUGGACUUCCCGGGCUACGGUGGCUUCCAGGCUCCUCUGUCUGUGGAUCCUGCUACGUGUCCCAUUGUUCCCGGACAGGAAAUGAUUAUAGAAAUAUCCAAGGGACGCUCGGGUCUUGGUCUCAGCAUUGUGGGAGGAAGAGACACACCUCUGGAUGCUAUAGUUAUACACGAAGUCUACGAAGAAGGAGCAGCGGCCAGAGAUGGAAGACUCUGGGCCGGUGACCAGAUAUUGGAGGUUAAUGGCAUUGACCUGAGGAGCGCCAGCCAUGAAGAAGCCAUCACGGCCCUGAGGCAGACUCCCCAGAAGGUGCGGCUGGUGGUGUAUAGGGAUGAGGCACACUACAGGGAUGAGGAGAACCUGGAGAUUUUCCCAGUGGACCUGCAGAAAAAGGCCGGCCGGGGACUAGGCCUGAGCAUUGUUGGGAAACGAAAUGGAAGUGGAGUGUUUAUUUCUGACAUCGUGAAAGGUGGAGCUGCAGACCUUGAUAGGAGAUUGAUUCAGGGAGACCAGAUCUUAUCUGUGAAUGGGGAGGACAUGAGAAAUGCCUCACAGGAAACAGUGGCCACUGUCCUCAAGUGUGCACAGGGGCUGGUGCAGCUAGAGAUUGGAAGACUCCGAGCUGGUUCCUGGGCCUCCUCAAGGAAGACCUCACAGCACAGUCAGGGCAGCCAGCACAGCGCACAGAAUAGCUUCCAUCCCUCCCUCGCUCCGGUCAUCGCCAGCCUGCAAAACCUGGUCGGCACAAAAAGAGCUGCGGAUCCUUCCCUACAAAGUUCAGGCACAGAUACAGGACCUAGGACUGUUGAAAUAAUCAGGGAGCUCAGCGAUGCCCUUGGAAUCAGUAUUGCUGGAGGGAAAGGAAGCCCCUUAGGAGAUAUCCCAAUAUUUAUUGCCAUGAUUCAGGCCAGUGGUGUGGCUGCACGUACACAGAAGCUUAAGGUUGGAGAUCGGAUUGUCAGCAUUAAUGGGCAACCUUUGGAUGGGCUGUCUCACGCGGAUGUGGUUAAUCUGCUGAAGAACGCCUACGGGCGCAUUAUCCUCCAGGUUGUAGCAGAUACCAAUAUAAGCGCCAUAGCAACUCAGCUUGAAAACAUGUCCGCGAGCUACCAUCUUGGUUCUCCCACUGCUGAGCACCAUCCAGAAGACACUGAAACACCUCCACCUAAGAUUAUUACUUUGGAGAAAGGCUCUGAAGGAUUGGGGUUUAGUAUUGUAGGGGGUUAUGGAAGUCCCCAUGGAGACCUGCCAAUUUAUGUCAAGACUAUAUUUGCCAAGGGAGCAGCUGCAGAUGAUGGCCGGUUGAAGCGAGGCGAUCAGAUUUUAGCUGUUAAUGGCGAGACCCUGGAAGGUGUCACUCAUGAGCAAGCUGUGGCCAUUCUAAAGCGCCAGAAAGGGACUGUAAUCUUAACUGUGCUGUCAUGAGCCCCGGGUUCUAAUCACAAGAUAGAUGUUACAGAAUAUCCAUAGGAAGAUGCAGCCCUGAGAGGAUGAAAAGCAACCUCCACUAGAAUCCGCGUUCAUUGACCACCUCACCCUCUCUGCGCAGGGGAGGAGGCUAGACGUCAUGUGAAUUUCCCCAGUCAGCGGUCACCGCUUGGUGAGGUUCAUUUCAAAACUCAAAUGAGUCUUCUCUGAUUUGCAUCUAACAUCCAUGUUUAUCCACUAGUAGUACCCGGUUCUGAUUAGAUUGGCUGAAACCGAAGUUAACCGCUUGUUCCUUGUGCCCUUCUCUGCCUGUUCCCCCUCACUCCGAGGCUUACCAGCCGGCUCACAUGGUAUCUGAUGAACAGAAACAAACAUUCAGCACCUUGUCAUCUCACUCAUGAGUUACUUAUGCUAAUUGUCGCUUCAAGUAUGGCAGAAAACAUCAGUAGUGUGAUUAACUUACCAUCGAUCCCCAUGAUGGGUUCCCAGUCUCCUGUGGGAAACUCCUUGUGCUCUUUUCUGCACGACUUCUAGUCAAGUAAGUUUCAGAUUCAUUUCCCUGGCAGAUGUUCAUAAACUAGUCAUUGGUGAUUAUGAUGAGUCAAUAUGCAGACUGUAAUGUGAAAACUCUGGAAGGCUUUCUAAUUGUUUUCUUAGCUACAUAAGUGUAUACCACUGAGAAAAUGCACCUUCUCAACAGGAAGAAUGAGCAUCCAUGUUCUGAAUUCUAACCAUGCUGAAUUAUGUUCAAGUCCAGGAAGCUGACCUGGGGUUACUGGCAUCUCAGUAGGCAGGCAUGAUUCCCACCCUCAGUCUUCAGAGGAGGAGGUGGAAGCCUCACAACCUCUCCACCUUAGAGAUCAGUAAGUUUUGCCUCAAGUCAGAUGAGGUCUGGGCAGCCUCGGACUUGUGCACAGUAGAGGGACAAAUUUGAGCAUCCUUCCCCUUGGCUCCAUGCCGGGCAAUCUAGCAGUAUAAUCUGUAGGGACACAGGGAUAGAGCAGCAUGCUUUGCCGCAAAGUGACAGUGGAAGUGAACUCAGCCUAAGACUCGGUGCCGGGUUCUUGGCUAAUGUUUCCUGAUCUUCGGGAAGCCCCCCAUUUGCUGAAGUUUUCCAUGCUAACAAAGCAACUGCAGCAAAAAAUACAAAAAUACUUUUAAAGUUGAAUAGGGGAAUUCUUAGGUAGUAUCGCUGGCAAACGGGGGAGACGCUUAUCAGUGAAUAUUGUAGGCUCUUCUGUAAAAAGUGUACCACAGAGAGGAAUUCCAGGAUCAGUCACUGAAGUAGUGUAGCAUCUUCGAACUAAAACACUAUGCUGCAAAUUGUUCAUAGCAGUUAUUAACAUGCAAUGGGCUCUAAUUUAAAAUCUUAUUUAAUAAUUAGAGAUUUUAAUUGAGAAUUAUAUUUGAGUAGAUGUAAUCACAAAGUGCAUUAACUCUUGUUGGAAUAUUCUGGGGCUAUUCCAAAGUAUAGAGUGCCUAAAUUUUAUGUUGAAAGUGUCUUUCAUGACUGGUCUUAAGUUUACUGAAGUUACAUAUGGCUUUUAGAAUUUCUAAUGCAUCCAAGGUGUGCAGUGUUGUUAGGAUCUUGUCUUUUAGUGCCCAGGAAGCGAUCAGCCUCAGAAACUCCAUGCUAAUUGUACUUACAAGAACGCCUGAGGCAGCCAAGAAGAAAUGAAGCCCAAAUAAAACUUGAAAAUGCACCUUAACAUAAAAAGUACGUGUGUGCAUACACACACCCACACAUAAGACUUCGUGUAAUACUUUUGAAAUGUGAUUCUGCUUGAUUUUGAUGGAAUGGCCAUUAAAUAGACAUUUUGGAAGAAUACA